AUGGAGGCAGGUCCCAACGCCAACGGGGGCGACAGCCCUGCAGCCCCGGAGGACUCUCCAGCAGCCGAGGACACACGCAGCCCCUCGCAGCCCGCACUCCCGCAGCUCCCGCGCCGCCCACAGCUGCUAGAUGAAGAUACGAGGCCUGAUGAGGACCAGGCCGCAGCUGCCGCAGAGGGCAGCGAGCCGGCCCCGGGGGAUCCAGAACCCACUUCCACGUUGGCUGAGGCGGGGCCCGGGCUCAAGGCUACCGGCGGCACCGUGCCGCCCAUCGGCUUCGUGGGCGAGCCCCCACCCUAUGCACCGCCCGACCCCAAGGCAGUGGCGCUGCUCUACCCGCCCUUCCCGCAGAUGCCAGUACUGUUCCAGCCCGCGCCCGGGCCCACCGCACUCUAUCCGCCACCGCCCGGCCCGCUCUUCCCACCAGCAGCCGCCGCUGCCACCGGAGCCUCCUUCCCCUUCCCCGCGUACGGCAGCCCCAUGGCCGGUGGGCCUGCCCCCAUGCAGGUGGAACACAGGCCUCUGCCCAAGGACUUCAUGAUGGAGUCAGUGCUGGUGACCCUGUUCUGUUGCCUGCUCACAGGGCUUAUUGCCAUCGUCUACUCCCAUGAGACUCGAGCAGCCCUGGGCAGGGGUGACCUGGCACAGGCGGAGGAGGCUUCGAGGAAGGCCCGCUCACUCGUGCUCUUCAGUCUGCUCUUCGGGGUCUUCGUGUCUACCAGCUGGGUCAUCUAUGUGGUGGUGGCCCUCUACUUCCCCUGAGGCUCAGGACUUGCAAGCCAGGAUGUGCCCUUUCUAUGGCUAGCUGGUGCUCACACAGGGCAAAGGGGAAUUGGUCCAUUAGGCCUUGAGUGGGAUCCUAAUCUGAGGGACAAAGGCCUGGAAGUCUUCCUGGGAUGCCUGUCUUCACCUUCACUCCUGAAGAACACAGAAGACUAAAGUCCUCACUGUCUUCAGAGCCUUCCAGAGGACAUGGCCACCUUCAGCCCAACUCAGGGAUCUGGCUCUAGUCAGUGCAUACUCCUCUGGGAGAGUGGAGAGGAGAACUCAAUACCGCUUCUCUCCCGGGGAGUUCCUGCCUGGUGCUGCCCAUGCUGCGAGAGAUAGGACUGCUAUGGUCAGUCAACAAGGACAGACCUUCCUGUCACCACUUCAGAGGACACUGCUACUUUCUGACUUCCAUCUGUGUGCAGCAGAUUCCCUGGGCCCAUUGCCUGCCUGUCUCUGAGCUGGCUCACACUUGAGCUUCACUUACAUAGGGUGCCUCCUUUCCCGGGACCCACUUUUCUGUAAACAUCUCUGUCUUCCUUUCCGCCUCUGGCUUCUAUUGGCUACUUGUCUGAGGCUUUCAGCUUCUGCCUUUCCCUGCCCCCGCUUCCUGCUCAUUCUCUUAAUAGGUCAGUUCAGCUGGUUGAGGACAUGCACGCAGCCCCCUGCUCCAUCCCCAGCACUACACGAAUGGGGGAUGGCGGUGCACAUCUGCAAUCCCAGAACUUGAGCAGAAGGAACAGUUCAAGGGCAAACCUGGCUACACUGAAAGCUGGAGGCGAGCUGGGGCUUCACGAGUCUCAAAAAUAAACAA